AUGCAACUCCUUUUUGUGUUGGUAUGCGCUUUUGGCAUCAUCGCUGCCGAUGAUGGGGAGACGAUGAAGCUCCGCAUUAUUGAAGCAAACGACGAUAUCCACUUUGAAUUGACCGGCACCGGCGAUCAAGAAUUCAUAGAUUUUUUCUUCAUGCAUGUCACAUGGAUUAUCGCUCAACAUCUUCCUCUAACUUGUUACUCGAAGCCGGUCGAACAGAUUCUUGUACAAAAUGAAGAAGAAAUGGCUCAUUGUUUGAGAAACAAAGAUAAUUUUAUGCACGGCGACUCGUGGAUUGUUUUUGGAGAAAACCCAUACCCUGCCGAAGACCUGUGGCGUGGUGUUUUUGGGCCACUCAAAGCUGGGCAGCAGCCUCAAAUGUCCGUCGAGUGCUUUGGUCGAAUCCAUGAAAACACCCUCACUUGGCACAGUUUCAGCAAAGAUCAGUGGUGUGUCGGCAAUCGUGAGCUCGUCGAUUAUUUAGCGGAUCAAAAAGUUGAGAGUGAGUACCAAACUCCAAAUCUUCCUGCUUGC